AACUAGUGAACGUACACCACGUUUCGUAGUUAUUUGAAUAACAUGCUCGGAGUUACUUUUAAAGAUCCACUUUGGUGGUCUCUGCAGAUGUUGCGGGUUUCUGGCUUCGCUCCUUUUACUACCAAACGAGGUUUUCAAGUGUCUACAAUUCUGACGGUUUACGGGUGGCUGCUGAAUUUGACGAUCAGUGUCCGCAUAUUAUUUUUCUCUACCGUUCCUCGUCAUAGUUUGUAUUUAGCAUCGUAUGGGUCCAAAGUGUGCCUCAUAAUGAUAAUUCUGUCCACAACAUUUCAGGCGGGAUUUCGUUUGAAUGCAUUAAGACGAUGCUUAAGCACAUUGCAGGAGAUACAUUUAAAGGUUGGACAGUCGAAUAUAGAUAAGAGAGAUAUCCGCAGUAGACUGCUGUUGUUAUUCGUGUGGUUUACGCUCGUUACCUCAAUUUAUUUAAAAUUCAGCACGGUUUACAAGAUUGGCGUAUUUCAAAAUGCAAUAUAUUUAGUGGAGCUUUGUUUAGCACACUUCAUAAGCCUUGAACUCCACUGCGUCUUACAGAACUUUUAUUCCAGACUUGUUGAGAUUUACAAGUAUAUUAUGACUGAGUUGAAAACUGAAAACAAUGUAAACGAUGACGCCUUGGAAAUGACACCGGAGUGCAAAGUCCGCCUUAUCUCAGUAUCGUAUCUGAAAAUAGCAGACACAUUUCGCUUGAUUGAUAAGAUGUACAGUACUGUAAUGCCGUCAAUCGUCUGCCUCACAGUGUUUGAAAUGAUCAAUAAUACAAAGAUUAUAUCAUCAGUCAGUUCGGUAGAUGAUGCUUUCUUUAUAAGCUUAAUAAUCAUAGGCACAGUCUGGAGCAACUUUUUUAAUUUUAAUAUAUUCCACAAGAUUAAUAUGAAGGUAAAUCAAAUUAUCAAAGACUUAAAUGAAAUAGAGUACUACGUACAAGAUGAGCGAUUAAUCAGUGAACUGGAGUUGUUUAAGAAGAUAGUCGCUCUAAACAGUUUGAAGUUUUCACCGCUCGGACUUUUCACGAUCACACGAGAAUUCGUCAUUCAGAUCUUCAGCUGUGCCUUCACAAUUCUGGUCAUAUUAUACACGCUUGACGAUGAUGAUUCCUAGAAAAGUCGAGUAGAAGAAGUUGAAGAGUAGACUAGUAGAGAGU